CGGGGGCACGUGACACACGCCUGCGCAGUAGCGGUAUGUGUCCGGGUCUGGGCCGCUCUCCGCUGCUGCUGUUCCGGUCGGUGGUGAGGCUGUGUCUGUUCCGCGCACCGUGCCCGGGCUGCCCCCUGCCGCUAGGGGCACCCCGGCUCUUGUGCGAUAGGGGAAGCAGAGCCUUUGGACCGGACGCGCACAGAUGUCUUGUUGUAGCUUAUUGGUAUCGUAAGCGCAGCCGCCAACCUGCGAUGGCAACUCAUAUCAAGGCGCUGACCUCUCCUUACCCAGGGUCACGUGUAGAGAGGUGGCCUGUGCCCCCGGAAAAAGUCAGCUGGUCUGUGGAUUGGCCAGAGUAUCAGCCUGUUCAGUACACGGCCCCUUCUGUGCUUGGCCUGCCGCCCUGGGCAGACCCUUCUCAAAGUAACAACGCCUUCCGCCCGCAGUACAACACUUUAGAUGGGCCGGUGGACAGGACGAGUUUUGAAGGGACAUACCACGUCGAGAACAGAACCCCAAGAAACCCCAGAGGACGGACAGGGGUGAUAGGAAGAGGGUUACUAGGGAGAUGGGGACCCAACCACGCAGCGGACCCUAUUAUAACGAGGUGGAAACGUGAUGAUACUGGCAAGAAGGUGACGCACGUAGAGUCUGGAAAACCUAUCUUACAGUUUGUGGCCAUACAGAGGAAGGACUGCGGGCAGUGGGCCAUUCCUGGGGGGAUGGUGGAUCCGGGAGAGCGGGUGUCGGCCACUCUGCGCAGGGAGUUCUGUGAGGAGGCCCUAAACUCCCUGGAGAGUACAGAGGAAGAGAAGGAUACAGAAGAGAAAAUCCAUCGCCUCUUCUCUCAGGAGCACGUACCGAUAUACAGUGGGUACGUGGACGACCCCCGCAACACUGACAACGCCUGGAUGGAGACGCUCGCUGUCAAUUUUCACGAUGAGACAGGGAACAUGCUGGAGCAGGUAACCCUACAAGCUGGUGACGACGCAGGCAGCGUGCGCUGGGUGGAUAUGACCGGCAGCUGCUCUUUAUACGCCAGCCACGCCCAUUUCAUCCAGAUAGUGGCAGGAAAGAGAGGGGCACACUGGUAGCUGCAAAGUGAUGAGUAUCUGGGUGACGUGCCGCUGGCUGGGCGGCGGCCGCAGGAGGGCGUUCUGCACUUUGGAAUGAGACUCGAGCUCCGACUUUCCAGAGGAGUUUCUCACUUGUUCUUGGCAGAAGGGAAACCGUUUCUUCGCCAACCUUUGGAAUGUAACAUAAUAAAGGUCUUCAGACGAA